AUGGUUAGGAAGAGCACCGACCAUUCCGACUCUUAUGACAGACGACGAUUUGGAAAAGGCACAAGAAGCACAGGAGAUGGAACAGGGUAUCCAUGGACAGAAGAGACACAGCGUCGAAACUCUGAAGCCAAGCAAGACAGCACCCAAUUUGCCUCUUCAGGAGGAAUACAUACAGGUCAGUCCCGUGCGAGCUCCGUCAAGAGCCCGUGUAAGAGCUUCGGUGACGGAUACCGAUCUUCGAGACAUUCUUCAGAGCACAGAACUGCGACUUCGAGAUGGAACGAGCCGGUCACCCAGCAAGAACUCCCGAAGCUCACCAACAAAACGGCCACCACAAAAGAUCUCGUCGCUGAGAAGCACCCCUCGCAAGAACUCGCCCACAAAGACUCCCCAUAG